AUGCGGUCUCAUCUGCAGUCUGCCGUCCUUUUCUCACUCUGCCUCAGUCCGGCGGUGGCCACCCCGUAUAUCUACCAUCGCCGGCCGGUCUUGCAGGAGUACCUGGGCCCUGAGGCGGAUGAAAACCCACCCCAGCCGACGGAGCCAUAUGACUACGUGGUAGUCGGCGGCGGAGUAACUGGCCUCAUCGCAGCCGGCCGCCUGGCUGAGCAUUACAAUGUGGCUGUAGUUGAGCGGGGCGGAUAUUAUGAGGAGAGGACAGGCAACCUGAGUCAAGUUCCGGGAUACACAGAACUCUUUGACAACAGCAACACUCCUCCCCGCGAUGAUGUGGAACAUUGGUGGGAGAUUCCCGGGACGCCGGAAACCAAUAACCGCGCCUUGAACUUCACUGGUGGAAAGAUGAUUGGUGGCAGUCAUGCCUUCUCCUAUUUUGGUUACCUGCGUCCAACCUACGGAGCCAUGCAAAAAUGGGCCGAUGAGGUUGGGGAUCAGUCCUGGACCUACCCCAACACAGAGGAAUAUUUCGACAAGUCCAUCAAGUUUACUCCUCCUAAUUCCACUACGCGCUUGGCCAAUGCUACACCCGAGUAUGAUCCCAGCCUCAAGGGCACUGGGCCUCUGGAGAUUACCUACCCACGCUGGGUGCAUCCCUUCAGCACUUGGUUGGCCAAGGCCUUUGAUGCUCUGGGGGUCAAGCAUACCCUGAGUUAUGCCAAUGGCGAGCUUCUUGGCUCCAGCUGGAUCCUAGACACCAUCAACAGCACCGACGGCACCCGGAGCACCUCUUGGACAGCCUACGUCAAGAAUGCCCCGCCGCCAAAGAAGAAGCUCGAUAUCUUCACCUACACCCUCGCGGAAAAGAUCCAGUUCGAUGGGACCAAGGCCACGGGAGUGGCCGUCACCCGCGAAAUUCCCAACAAGUCCGGUGGUCCCCGAUCAAUUGAGCAAUUCACCAUCGAGACGAAGAACGAAUUAGUUCUGGCUGGCGGUGGUGUACUCUCCCCGCAACUCCUCAUGGUCUCAGGUGUUGGGCCAGAGAAACAAUUGCAAGAGUUGAACAUUACUCCAGUUCUGAAAAAUGAUGCGGUGGGCCAGAACAUGCACGAUCACAUUGUCUUCGCAGUCGCAUAUCGGGUGAAAACGCCAACCAGCUCAAUUCUGUUGGAUGAUGAGAAACGCUGGCAUGAAGAAGAUCUGUUCAAAGAGAACGUCACCGGCAUGAUGACCAAUCCUGGUCCCGACUUUGGUGGAAUUGUGGAUAUUCCCAGCGAUCUGCGAAACUUCUCGCUGUCGACCAAAGCAGACCUGGGUUCCUUGCCUAAGGACUGGCCCGAACUUAUUGUCGUUUCCUUCCCGCUGGGUCAUGACUACCCAGACGAUGGCUACAACUAUGCCUCCCUGAUGGGCGUUCCUAUGACUUCCAUGUCAGUGGGUAAUAUCACUCUCAACUCCACCAAAAUGAGCGACAAGCCCGUUGUGCACCCGCACUGGCUUACCAGCACGACCGAUCUGGAAGUGUCGAUUGCAUCGCUCAAAUACAUGCGUCGGAUCUUUGAAAACCCAGCCAUGGAGCCCAUCAUUAUCGGCGAUGAGUUUGCUCCGGGCCCUGAAGCCGCCACCUGGGCUGAAGUUGAGCAUGCCUUGAAGAAUAGCUUCCGUUCAAUGCAUCACCCGGCGGCCACCCUGCGCAUGGGUCGCGAGGAUGACCCGAAUGCCGUCUGUGAUAGUCGGGGUUCAAUCAAGGGAUUAGACAACGUCCGAGUUGUCGAUCCUUCGGCAUUCCCUUUCCUGCCCCCUGGUCUGCCUCUUGCCCCUGCCUUCAUGUUCGCUGAAAAGAUUACCGAUAACAUCAUCAACGACCAGAAGAGCGGAAAGAAGAAGGGCCACGAUGAGCUCCGUACGGACUUGUAG